AUGUCGUCUGGAACAGCAAUCAAGUCAGGGGAAAAGACCCUAACAAUGCUAGGAUGCGGAAACCUGUGUCUCGCAGUCCUAACAGGAAUUCUCAGCUCCAUCUCGGAGCCCUCAGACUCAGAAGAGAAACUCUCCUUCCAAACACCCACCAAAUUCAUCGCCUGUAUCAGAUCAGAGCAGACCGCAGCACGUAUCCGCAAUGCCGUUGAACCCUACCCCAAAUUCCCAGUCAAGAUCCUGCAAAACGAGAAUGUGACGGGUGUCAAAGAAGCCGAUAUUAUCAUUCUCGGUUGCAAACCCUACAUGCUCAAGGACGUGCUCGAUGUCCCCGGUAUGCGAGACGCAUUAAAGGGCAAGUUAUUGAUCAGUGUUUUAGCUGGUGUUUCUUCUCAACAGAUUGAGGAUACUUUGUAUCUGGAAGGCUCCGAGCCCGCUUCAGAAAGAUGUACCGUUGUGCGCGCGAUGCCUAAUACUGCGGCUAUGGUGCGAGAAGCUAUGACGACAAUCAGCAUCCCCAGUCCUGCUCUCCCCAAGGAAUGGGAUGAUCUGAUCUCAUGGAUCUUCACUCGCAUCGGCAAGAUUGUGCGUCUCCCACCAUCUCAGAUGGAUGUAUGCACUGCCUUGGCGGGUUCGGGACCGGCUUUCGCAGCCCUGAUGAUUGAAGGGUUGGCUGAUGGGGCUGUUGCGAUGGGUCUGCCACGCGCGGAAGCGCAGCUUAUGGCUUGUCAGGUUUUGAAGGGGACGGUUAGUAUGAUUGAGAGUGGGGAGCAUCCGUCUAUUGUGAAAGAGAAGAUUUCGUCGCCGGGUGGAUGUACGAUUGGUGGAUUGCUUGUGUUGGAGGAUGCUGGUGUGAGGGGGUCUGUGGCCCGGGCUGUGAGAGAGGCGACCUGCGUCGCGAGUGAGCUUGGUCAGGGUACUAAGCUGGUUAAUGGGACUAGACGAUGA